CACUUUAGUUUGCUAAAUCGCGUGUGGCGCUGAGUGUUUAAACUUUCGUGGUGCAAAUAUCCAAAAGUGUUGAGCCUUUAGAUAACGUGUCCACAUGUUUGCCUUACGCUUGGCUGUCCUCUGCGCAGCCUGCUUGUCCAUCGUCCUUGCGGACACAAGGAAAUUGGACCUGCAGCCGCCCACAACUUUUGAACUUCAGAACCCGGAAUAUAGACUGUCUGAGGACAUUAAUCCUAUUAACUAUGACAUAACGUUGCGUCCUUAUUUGCUAGAAAGUGAUAACACUAAACGUUUCACCUUCGAUGGCGAAGUGUGGAUUGAAAUCGAACCGGUUAAGACUACAAAACUCGUAUCGCUGCACUCAAAAUCCUUAGAAUACUCGCUCACCGAAUACUGGCAGAAGGUGACAGGUACACCCGUCAUUCAAAAGCUGACUGAUCCAAAAUAUAAUGAGCAAACAGACAUCCGGAAUUUGACUGCAGCCUCAGAUUUGGUGGCCAAGCAGCGCUACAUUCUGCAUUUCAAAUAUACAGGCCAGAUGGGUGAUGAUAUGCACGGCUUCUAUCGCAGCUACUAUGUGAAUGACAACAAUGAGACCAAAUGGUUGGGCUCUACACAGUUCCAGACAAAUCAUGCCCGUCGCGCUUUUCCCAGUUUCGAUGAGCCGCAGUUCAAGGCCACCUUCAAUGUAAUUCUGAUUCGUCAUCGCAGCUUUAACACCGUUAGUAACACAAGGCAAAAGUCCACCACGCCCACUACAGAUCCGAAUUACUAUUCGGAUGUUUAUGAAACAACGCCAAAGAUGUCCACAUAUCUGCUGGCUUUCAUCAUAUCUGAGUUCACUAUGCGCAAUGACGAUAAAUUCGGUGUGCUUGCCCGCCCUGAGUAUUAUCCACAAACACAAUACAGCUUCAAUGUGGGUCGUCUAAUUCUGGCUGAGAUGAGCAAAUAUCUCAAAUUGGAUUACUAUUCGUUGGGCAAUGAUAAGAUGGAUAUGGCUGCAAUACCCGAUUUUUCAGCAGGUGCCAUGGAGAACUGGGGUCUCCUUACCUACAGAGAACGUAGCUUGCUGGUCGAUGAGUCUGCCACAACGCUAGCAUCUCGUCAGUCUAUUGCUCAAGUUGUGGCCCAUGAACAGGCGCAUAUGUGGUUCGGUGAUCUGGUCACCUGUAAAUGGUGGAGUUACACUUGGCUGAAUGAGGGUUUCGCUCGAUUCUUCCAAUACUUUGGCACCGCCUUUGUCGAGAAAAAUUGGGAACUGGAGAAACAGUUUGUCGUGGAUCAGAUCCAGUCGGUGAUGGGAAUGGACUCGACCAUUGCCACAAAUCCGUUGAGUGAUGAGAACACUUACACGCCGGCCCAUCUUAGCCGUAUGUUCAACAGCAUUUCCUACAACAAGGGCGCCGCGUUCAUUCGCAUGAUUGAGCACACCAUGGGAACUGAGAAUUUCCAGAAAUCUUUACAAGAAUACCUCAACAAACACGCGUAUGAUUCAUCAAUCCCGGCGUUCCUGCUGAGUGCGUGGCGCCAGAACUGGCCAGCAAAUAGAUUCAGCGGCAACUCAGAGGAGAUCUUUGAGAGUUUUACCACCCAAGUGGGCUAUCCGCUGAUUAAUGCCAAGUUGUCUGACGAUGGCAAGACGGUCGAGUUCAGCCAGAAGCGUUUCCUGCUUAAGAAUGAUGGAUCCGAUGAGAAGCUGAUCUACACGGUCCCUAUUAGCUACACCUCUAGUAUUGAGAAGAAUUUCGAGGAUACUACGCCGAAGUUGGUGCUAGGCAGUGCAAGUCAAAAGCCCACGUUGAGCGGUGUGGCCAGUUGGGUGAUUGUCAACAUUCAGGAGACUGGUUAUUAUCGUGUCAACUACACUGAGAAGAACUGGCAUGCAAUUCAUGACGCGCUCUCCGGUAGCAACUGGGGAAAUGUACACGAAAUUAAUCGCGCCCAGAUUGUGGACGACUUACUCAAUUUGGCACGAGCCGGACACAUUCACUACGACCUGACACUGAAGGUGAUUGAGUAUUUGGAAACAGAAGUCAAUUAUAUACCCUGGACAUCGGCCUUUAACGGAUUUAACUUCCUGGCCAUACGCCUGGGCACCGAUACCGAACAUUUCGGCAACUACAUUCAACAGCUGACCUCAAAGGCUUAUCAGCAGCUGGGCUUCGCCGAGGCUGAAACAGACAAGGCUCUCGAUAUAUAUUUGAGGACGAAGGUGCUGUCCUGGAGCUGUCGCUUUGGCAAUGCCGAUUGUAUUAACCAUGCCAAGACAUAUUUCAAGUCACUGCAUUCGGUGCCAAAGAAUAUACGCUCCGUGGUCUACUGUGUAUCACUGCGAGAGGGUGGCCAAACAGAGUUCGAAGCGCUGUAUCAGAAGUUCAAGGGUGAAACGGUGGCCACCGAGGAGACGUUGCUGCAGAAUUCCUUCGGCUGCGUGAGGGAGCAAGCGCUCAUCGAACGCGUCUUCAAUCUGGUUCUGUCGGAUGAGAUUCGUAGGCAAGACAAAUCCUCAGUGCUCAGCACCCUGUACACUGAGAACAACGAAAAUGUUAGCCCCGUCUUUGAGCUGGUCACAAAAGAUUUUGAGAAGCUAUCUGUCGCCAUGGGUGGCUACUCAGCGGUCGCGACAGUCAUCUCGAACAUUGCUGCACGCUUCACCGAGCAAUCGCAAUACGAUGAUCUGCAAAAGUUCAACACGGCCAACAGUGCCAAGUUUGGCAGUGCGGCAACCACGCUUAUGACAGCGGAAUCAACCGUCAAGGAAAAUCUCGCGUGGGCCGAAUCCAAACUGGGCACCUUCCGCACCUAUCUGGCCCUGAGAAACGGCAGCGCUAUGAUCAGCGGUUUUAGCCUGCUCACCCUGCUGCUGGUGGCUCUUACCACGUUGCUGCGUUAAGGCCAGCAAAAUGUGAGAUUGGGAAUGCUCGUCCAACAAAAGUAUUUGUGCAAUUAUCCCCCCGUCAAAGUCAAUAAAUUAUCCAGAUAAGAUGGGAUUGAAUAAUACUAAGUAUUGCAACACCGGCCAACAUUUUAAUAAAAUUCAAGUAAUCUA